AUGGUCAUAUCAGCGCUCAAUCCCAUUCAUUCAAUUUUUUGGUUGGUUGUUGUCUUUACUGGCUCUGCGGUAUUUUUUCUUUGGCUGGGAAUAGCUUUUGUUGCUUUAAUGUUUUUAAUAAUUUAUGUGGGGGCUAUUGCUAUUUUAUUUUUGUUUGUAAUUAUGCUAUUGAAUUUAACAGAUUUUCCCCCUGCUUUUCGAUUGGGUGGGGAGGCAGAUAUGACAAAUUAUGUUCCUAUUGGAUUACUUAUUGGAACCUUUUUUUUUUCAGAAGUCGCUUCAAGUUGAUUAAUAAUAGGUGGCUCUUAUACCCAUCGAGCUUUUUUUGGGGCUGAAAUAAGCAGGGCUUGAGAUUUGGCAACUCCUUGGUUUUUAAUGAAGUAUCAAAAUAUGGAGGCGCUUGGACGCAUUUUGUAUAUAACCUGUUAUUAUUUAUUUAUUUUGGCCAGUUUUGUACUUUUAGUGGCCAUGAUAGGGGCAAUAGUAUUAACACAAGAAGUGGGGUCUGAAGUAGGCCCUUUGGUCAAAAGACAAGAUAUUUUUUUUCAAACAAGUCGGUAA